AUGGGUUUACUGUACGGGCCGCUUCAUCUUUCCUCCUCAUUCUUCCGUAGAAAUGAUCUGCUAAUUGACAAUCGGACUGGCAGCGCGCUUGGCACACCACUGGCAUGGCCGGAAGCAAAGGAGAGAGCCGGCCAGCAACUACUCGCGAUAUGGAAGAAGGCCCGGGGAAAGGAGCGGGAUGCGCUGCUGUGGGGUGACGAGGUUGAAUAUCUCGUCGUUGCGGUUGACGAUAAGGAGGAAAAAGUACGGCUGUCCCUGUGCCAGGCAGAGAUUCUCAAGGCGCUUGCGCAGGAUGCAGAACUGUCCAAGAGAGCUGCUGUCAACGGAGAUGCCUCUGAGUACGAUCUACCCGAUAAUGUCAAGUCUAUACUUAUAAAGGAGCCUCUGCCGACAUUCCAUCCUGAAUUCGGCCGUUUCAUGCUCGAAGCCACACCGGGGAAACCAUGGGGAAUCGGCUUCAAGGAGCUACUCAAGGUAGAGUCCAACAUGAAAUGGAGGUACGGCAGCCCAUCUCGCCUUUGCUGCUAUUGUGAGGUGGAAUCUAACAUUACCAGGCGAGUUACGGCCAAAAAUCACAUGGCUGCAAACGAAUACCCCAUCACACUCACUACAUUCCCCCGCCUAGGGUGCAGUGAUGAUUUUACAUUGCCAUCAUACCCUCUAUCAGGCCCAGCUCUACGCUCACAGUUUGUUCCUGACGAGAUAGCAAACCCUCACAUCAGGUUCCCGACUCUGGCAGCCAACAUCCGUUCGCGCAGAGGGAGGAAGGUUGAGUUGAACGUGCCAGUGUUCAGAGACACAAAUACCCCAUGGCCGUUCAAGGAUCCUACCGUCAAUUACGACUUGCAUAAAUGGCCAGAAGAUGACGAUGUACGGAACGGAGCUGCAAAGGAAGGUAAUGUGUACAUGGAUGCCAUGGCCUUUGGCAUGGGCAGCUGUUGUCUACAAAUUACUUUCCAAUGCAAAAAUAUCACCGAGGGGAGGAAAUUGUACGAUCAACUCAGUCCCCUGGGUCCUAUAAUGUUGGCCCUGACCGGGGCAACGCCUAUAUAUAAGGGAUUCCUCGUCGACACAGAUGUCAGGUGGAACCAGAUCGGCAAUGCGGUUGAUUGCAGAACGCGAGAGGAGCUAGGAGAAGUUCCCCUUAAGAACGAUAGAUGGCGCAUCCCGAAAUCGAGAUAUGCAUCAAACUCAACAUAUAUAUCACAAGACCCCCAUCUACGGCCAGAGUACAUGGACCCCGACCUCGUAAUCGACGAAGAUAUCAAAAAGAAGCUGAUGGAUGGCGGCAUGGACGAGCUCCUCGCUACCCACUUCGCCCACCUGUUCAUCCGCGACCCCAUCGUCAUUUUCAACGAAGAUCUCCAGGAACUCGACCUUACCAAGACAGACCACUUCGAGAACCUCCAAUCAACCAACUGGCAGCACAUCCGCUUCAAACCCCCGCCCGCCGACAACGACAUAGGCUGGCGUGUCGAGUUCCGGCCCAUGGAAAUCCAAAUCACCGAUUUCGAAAACGCCGCCUUCAGCAUCUUCAUGGUUCUAAUCACCCGCGCCAUUCUCAGCUUCGACCUAAACUUCUACAUCCCCAUACCCCGAACAACAGAGAACAUGGAGACUGCCCACGCACGUAACGCGGUGCUUGACGAGAAAUUUUAUUUCCGCAAGGAUCCCUUCCCGCAUCGGUACCCGAGAUCGCAGCGUCAUCAACAAUCUCGCCCUUCGUCACCGCCAGGUGGCUCGACUCCCUCGCCACCGCCCUCAACGACACCGUCUUCUCCGCUCUUACAGCCCAUUGAAUCAGAAUACACCCUCAUGAGCGUCAAUGAUAUCAUCAACGGCUCCCCAGAUGGGUUCCCGGGUCUCAUUCCGCUUGUAGAAUCGUACUUGGACAGUCUCAACGUCGAUGUCGAGACGAGAUGCGCACUAGCCAAGUAUCUAGACCUUAUUCGUCGUCGUGCAGAUGGUUCUCUUUGGACCAAUGCUAAAUGGAUACGAGAAUUCGUUGCAAAGCAUCCUGAUUAUAAGCAAGAUAGCGUUGUUUCGGCGAAGAUCAGCUAUGAUCUCGUCAAGGCCGUGGAGGAGAUCACGGAAAAAGAAGGCAAGGAUGGAAGUAUAGGGUGGGAAAUGUUUACUGCAAAGAAACAUUGA